AUGGCGCUGCCCGGGGCCGCGGCCCGGGGCGGCCUCUGGCGGCUGGGCGCCGCCGCCCUGCGCCCCGCUCGGGGCCAGCCGCGGCUCCCGCUGGGCCUGUCCAGCUCCCCGGUGCUUUCCCCGGUGUGUUCGCAGCUCUGCCGCUGCCCGGGCCGCUCCGUCUCCUCCCGCGCCCUCGUGGCCGCCGUGGCCGCCGCCGCCCGGCGGGCGAACGCCCGCUACGAGCGGUUCCUGGAGCGGAGCUUCCCCCGCUUCUUCGUCCUCCACAGCACCUUCAAAACAGGGCUGCGGGCGCUGUUCCUGGAGCUGCAGGAGGUGCGGAGGAUCCGGGCCAGGAUGGCGCAGCUGCAGCUGAGCCCGCAGCAGCUCCCGUACCGCGAGCUGGAGCGGCUGCGGCAGUUCCGCAGGGACCUGCUGAAGAUCAUUCCCAUCGGGAUCAUCUCCAUCCCCCCCUUCGCCAACUUCCUGGUCCUGCUGCUGAUGUAUUUCUUCCCCCGGCAGCUCCUGCUCCGGCACUUCUGGACGCCCGGGCAGCAGCAGGAGUUCCUGGCCGCCUCCGAGCGCCGCCGCCGCGCCGCCCACCCGGCCGUGCUGCGGGCGCUGGCGCGGGCGGCGCGCGCCCUGCCCGAGCCCCAGCCCCGGCACCUCCUGCUGCAGCUCUGUGCCCAGGUCUGUGCCACCCCCCGCCCCGGGCUGGGCUUUGAAACGGGGGGAACGUUUGGGCAAGUACGGUUAAAUAUUUAUUUUUAUAUAUAUAAUUAAUAAUCUGAUGUGUUAAAUGAAAUAAAUUCAUUUUUGGGGUUUUUUUUUUUGGGGGGGGGUUAAGAGUGAGGUAAUAUCAGCGGUCUUUGUUAUGGGGUUGGGUUCUCCUGUUGUGGUGGGGAGAAUGGGUUUUUAUUUUGGUUUUUUGUUGGUUUUUUUAGCUGGGUGUUGGAUAACAGGGGAACUGUUGUAGCUGGUCCCGUUGUGGGAAGUUUGUUUAUUUUAUUUUAGCAGUUAUUAGGUAGAAAAUGGGGGAGGCUGUGCAGCUGUGGGUGGAGUAGGGAAAGGUGCAGGGCCGGCCCACGUUAAUUUUAAAAUUAAAAAUAAUCCCUAAAUUAACAAAUUAAAGUCACUGCACACUGUUUAGUAAGGAAUGACAAAAAGUCAGGAAGCUGAGAGGCACGAGAGCAGGCUUUUGGUCAUUUAAUCAAUGCAGUUCACCUGAUGGGCUAAUUAAUCAAUGCAGUUCACCUGAUGGGCUAAUUAAUCAAUGCAGUUCACCUGAUGGGCUAAUCAAUCAAUGCAUUUCACCUGAUGGGCUAAUUAAUCAAUGCAGUUCACCUGGUUGGUCAUUCAGCCAAUACAUUUCACCUGAUUGGCUAAUUAAUCAAUGCAUUUCACCUGAUGGACUAAUUAAUCAAUGCAGUUCACCUGAUUGGCUAAUUAAUUAAUGCAUUUCACCUGGUUGGUCAUUCAGUCAAUACAUUUCACCUGAUUAGUCACUUAAUUAAUGCAUUUGACCUGAUUAGUCACUUAAUGCAUUUCACUGGAUUGGUUAAUUAAUCAGCAGAUUUCACCUGAUUGGUCCUUUAAACAAUACAUUUUAUCUGACUGGUAAUUUAAUCAGUGCAUUUCACCUGAUUGGUCAUUUAAUCAAUUGAUUUCACUUGAUUGGCUAAUUAAUCAAUGCAUUUCACCUGAUUGGUCAUUUAAACAAUACAUUUUACCUGAUUAGUCACUUAAUCAAUGCAUUUCACCUGAUGGGUCACUUAAUCAGUACAUGUCACCUGAUUGGCUAAUUAAUCAAUGCAUUUCACCUGAUGGGUCACUUAAUCAGUACAUGUCACCUGAUUGGUUAAUUAAUCAAUGCAUUUCACCUGAUUGGUCAUUUAAACAAUAUAUUUUACCUGAUUGGUCAUUUAAUCAAUUGGUUUCACCUGAUUGGUCACUUGAUCAAUGCAUUUCACCUGAUUGGCUAAUUUAUCAGCGUGUUUCACCUGAUUGGCUAAUUAAUCAAUGCAGUUCACCUGAUUGGUCACUUAAUCAGUGCAUAUCACCUGAUCGGUUAAUUAAUCAAUGCAUUUCACCUGAUUGGUCACUUAAUCAGUGCA